UCGCUUCCACGCAUGCGCACUCCACCUUCCAACCCGGAAGUAGCCAAUGUUUUGGUUUAGAGCGUUGUACACAUGCAUGGCUACGUUGAUUGUCAUUGUCACAUCUCUUCAGGGGAUUUUGACAAGGACAUUGAGGAGGUGAUUGAGGGUUCAAAGAAGGCUGGGUUGUUGGCGCUGUUAGCUGUGGCCGAGCAUGCUGGAGAAUUUGACAAGAUCAUUGAGCUGUCACAGAGGUUUCCAGGUUUUAUUUUCCCCUGCCUUGGAGUCCACCCUGUCCAGGAAGUGUCCCCAGAGCAGCAGAGGGGGGCUUCUGUCCAGGAUCUAGAAGCUGCUCUGCCCAUAAUAGAGAAAUACAAAGACCAGCUUGUGGCCAUUGGGGAGGUUGGUUUGGAUUUCACACCCAGAUAUGUCCACUGUGACGCUGACAAAGACGGUCAAAGGCAGGUCCUCAUUCGUCAGGCCCAGAUAGCCAAAGAACUGGAUCUCCCUUUAAAUGUUCAUUCACGGUCUGCAGGAAGACCCACCAUCCACCUCCUGAGAGAACAAGGUGUCGAGAAGGCCCUGCUUCAUGCUUUCGAUGGGAAACCAUCCGUUGCCAUGGAGGGAGUGAAGGCUGGAUAUUUCUUUUCCAUCCCGCCAUCUAUAAUACGGAGCGAACAGAAGCAGAAACUUGUGAAACAGCUGCCGCUAGAGAACAUCUGUCUGGAAACAGAUUCACCUGCUCUUGGGCCAGAAAAGCAGGUGAGAAAUGAGCCCAAAAACAUCUGUAUUUCUGCCGAAUACAUCAGUAAAAUCAAGGGAGUGUCUCUGCAGACGGUGAUGGAGGUGACGACGCAGAACGCUCUCCGACUCUUCCCGAAGCUAAAAUCUGCCAUCAGACCCUGACAAAGCCUUCAACGUUUACUUCAACAGUCUAGAAUAUCUUGAAUUACACAUCUGUGUAACUUCAUGUGGGCGUUUGAUUGAACCAAGAUGCUCCUGAAGUGUGAAUAAAUAACAAAACAAAGGUCAGAUGAGGUGUAUAACUGGACACGAGUGCUGAAAGCUCAUUUAUUUAUCUCCACUUAUUCUUAAAUAAAGAAAGAUGACUUAACAAUAUCACA